AUGUCUCUUGAACUGCACAAAGUCCUUUUGGUUCUAUCAAUCGCCAAUUCGGCACUGGUUCGGGCUGCGCUGGAAGUUCGGAUAGAAUCAGUUACGAAAAUUUCUGGAGACAAUGAAACACUUUUUGAAUUUAAUUUCCGAUUGAUUGGCCGGCAACGCCUAUUGAAUGGAACCAUAAACCUACACGUCGAUUUGGAUAACGAAUACGAUUUGUCAAACGAAGUAUUAUCACUCAGAAAUGGAGAGUGGGAGUCCACGAAUGUGGGCGUGAAUUUCAAAACCUGCAAGUACAUGUCGCUAAUUUAUGACAGGUACUUUGCGGUUUCAUUCAAGGACUCAAAUAUUCCAAAAAGUACUGAAGCCUGCCCAAUCAAAAAAGGUGAAUAUUAUGCAAGAAAUGUGGAGGUAUUCGCCGACAAUUGGGUCCAAUAUACCAAAUUGGGCUUAGUCCGGUCGAUUUUGGUUGUUAAAAAGGAUAACGUGGUAUAUGGGGGCAUAGACGUUGUGCUGGUUUUGAGUCAGAAGAUCAUGUAA